UCCAUCAGCUUCAGCACCACAAAACGUUCAUGAUGCAAUGAGUUAGAUAGCGGUGUGAGGCGCUUAAAGCUCGGACCUUAGAAUAAAAUGAUUGAUUUUCAUUUGAAGGCAUGAAUGAAUAUGAUUUUGGAUUGUUUAAGAUUCUAUUUGGAUCUUCCUGGAACUGGAUAAGUGCCACAAUUUUCAUGAUGGGAAAUAUUACGAGCUAACGCAUCGGGGAUGACAAAGAAAAUGGGAUACCAAGACUGGAGAUGGCAGGCGCUCUGGUGGCAUCAGCUCUUUAUCUUGUGGACUACAAUAGAAGCACAGACUCGCUACAGCAUACCGGAGGAACUAAAACAAGGCUCGGUGGUCGGAAAUCUCGCCAAAGAUUUGGGUUUGUCAUUAUCUGAGAUUUUUGACCGUAAGCUGCGGGUCGCCUCUGAGGCUGGCGAGCAGUACUUCAGCGUGGACGCGGGGAAGGGCGAGCUGGUGGUGAAUGACAGAAUAGACAGAGAGGCUUUAUGCGGACAAAGCGCCAGCUGUGUGUUGCCUUUACAAAUUGUUAUUGAAAACCCUUUACAUUUACACCGACUUGAUGUGGAAAUUAAAGAUAUUAAUGAUAAUUCUCCGAUGUUUCAAGCAAAAGAACUGUCUAUAAAAAUUGCAGAAUCAGCAGCGGUGGGAACUCGCUUCGCAUUGGAGAAUGCAGAGGAUCUGGAUGUUGGAAGCAAUUCAGUAAAAUCAUACAGUUUGUCAAGAAACGACUGUUUUGCGCUAAAAAUGAAGGAGGUAGAUGAUGGCAGGGCAGUCCCCGAACUAGUGUUGGAAAAAUCUCUUGAUCGAGAGAAGAAAGCUGUUCAUGAACUAAAACUGACUGCGUUUGACGGAGGGAGUCCGGCCCUGUCCGGUACAUCGCUAAUCAAAAUAACUGUGCUUGAUGUAAACGACAAUUUCCCAGUAUUCGAAAAAAACAAUUAUAAAAUUUCUUUACCGGAAAACACUGAAAGGGAUACCUCUGUGAUUAAAAUUACUGCUACUGACGCUGAUGAGGGACCGAACGGAGAAAUAGAGUUCUUUUUUGGUCCGAGGACCCCAGAGUCCGUGUUAUCUAUUUUUGAAAUAAAAUCAUUAACUGGUGAAAUUUAUUUAACUGGAAAUUUGGAUUAUGAAAAGUCCACGUCCUACAAAAUAGAAAUAUCUGCAAAAGACAAAGGAGUUCCUGAAAUGGAGAGCCACUGUCGACUACAGGUUGAAGUUUUAGACAUUAAUGACAAUAUACCAGAAAUUGUUCUCACCUCUGAACCUCAGCCUGUGCGGGAAGACGCACCAAGCGGCACUGUCGUUGCUUUGCUUAAUGCACGUGACGCUGACUCCGGUAAUAAUAGCAAAGUUACACUGCAGUCAAAUAAAGGCUUUCCAUUUGCCCUUAAACCUUCGUUUUCUAAUAAUUAUGCCCUGGUUACAAGCGGCCCUUUGGAUAGAGAAAAAUUCUCGGAAUAUAAUAUCGAGAUAACAGCCAGUGAUUCGGGUUCUCCUCCACUUUCUAGUAAAAAAGUUAUACCAGUAACGAUCACUGAUGUAAAUGACAAUCCUCCGAUUUUCAGUCAGGCCUCCUAUAAUGUGUAUUUAAAAGAGAAUGGAUUACCGGGAUCUAUACUUCACUCAGUAUCAGCAUCUGAUUUGGAUUCUGGUGAAAACGCAAAGAUCUCUUACUCCAUACUGGACUCUAAAGUGCAGGACGUCUCUGUCUCGUCUUAUGUUUACAUUAACUCAGAUAACGGGAGCAUCUACAGCAUGCACUCGUUUGACUAUGAGAAGCUGAAAGUGUUUCAGAUUCAGGUCCAAGCAAAGGAUCAGGGCUCUCCGUCUCUCAGCAGCAACGCCACUGUCCAUGUUUUCAUCCUGGACCAGAACGAUAAUACCCCCGCUGUUAUUUACCCCUCCUCCGCUGCCCUGGGCUCCCUCUCUCACCAGAGGAUGCCCCGCUCCGCUAAAGCGGGUCACCUGGUUACCAAGGUAACGGCCGUGGACGCUGACUCGGGCCAUAACGCCUGGGUCUCGUAUAGACUGGCGGAGGCCACAGACGCCUCUCUGUUCACCGUCAAUCAGUACACAGGAGAGGUGAGGACUAAACGCGCUGUGUACGAGCAGGACGACUCCUCUCAGAGGCUGCUGAUAGAGAUCAAGGACGACGGGCAACCGGUUCAGUCCGCCACCGCCACGGUGUCCAUCCUGCUGGAGGACGGUCUCCAUGAACCCAUUUUAGACCUCCGACACAAAAUGUCCGAGCCCAGCAAGAAAACCGGCAGAAUCACUCUUUAUUUGAUUCUGUCUCUGGCCUCAGUGUCCGUGCUGUCUCUGGUGACUUUUCUCAUCCUGGCGGUGAAAUGCAUCAGGGGCAGCAGAAGCAGCGGGAGCUGCUGCAUGAGAAGGAGCGACUGUGAUGAUUACAAGAACCCCAACAGAAACCUGCAGAUUCAGCUCAACACUGAUGGACCUAUAAAAUACGUGGAGGUCCUGGGAGGAGACAUGAUGUCUCAGAGUCAGUCGUUCAGGUCCUGCAUGUCUCCCAUGUCAGAGUGCAGUGAUUUCACAUUGAUCAAACCCAGCAGCACCACAGACUUUAAAGAAGUUAUCAGUGUUCUGGACGCGUCUUUACCCGACAGCACUUGGACCUUUGAGAGUCAGCAGGUGAGCUAAUAGAGCAGCGAUCUU